AUGGCUGAAAUCGAUAACAAAAAGUCCGACUGGGCUGAUGACCUCGAGGAUGAAGAACACUCGCAACUGCCUCCCUCCACAACUACAACAAACCCAGAUGGAACUAAAACUGUCGUGAGCUACCGUCGCGAUGAAACCACUGGCAAAACCAUCAAAGUUACCCAAAAGAUCAAGACCAUUGUGACAACAGCACGUGUCAAUCCACGAGUGGCUGAACGUAAGAGCUGGGCAAAAUACGGCCAAGCUAACCAAGCUGGUUCUUCUGGAGACAAUACUUCCUCCGAUUACUCUUUUACUACAACCGCUACAGAACCUUUCGAACUUAAACUGGCAAUCCGCUCACAUGCCUCUGAAGCAGAAUCUGCAGCAAAGAGUCAAGCUGCUCGUAACGCUGCUAAACUCUCUGCAGGAUCCUCUAUUGUCUGCCGUAACUGUGGCGGCGAACAUCUUACAGCAAAAUGUCCUAUGCGCAAGCUUUUCGAUUCUACCUCAACCCCAGGACCCAAGUCAGAUGGUGUCCCUGGCCCUGCACCUGCUACAGAAAAGACUGGCGGUGCCGUCAAGAGCGCGUACGUUGCGCCACACCUUCGACGCAGUGGGGCUGGCUCCGCCGGCGGUUCUGAGGCAGGCCAUGGAAGUCACGGUAACGACCGUGAUUUCGAUAAUUAUACCCUUCGUGUUACUAACUUGGGUCUUGAUAUGCUUGAUGAAGAAUUCCGUGAACUGUUUAGAAAAUUUGGCAACCUUCACAGAGCCUCCAUUGCCCGCGAUUACCAGUCAGGCCGCUCCAAGGGCUUUGGUUUUGCUGUUUUUACUGAUAUGGAAUCUGCUCGCAGAGCUCAAGCUGCACUUAAUGGUAAGCCCAUUGAUAAUCUUAUCAUCAGUGUCAACUUCAAUACCAAGCGUGAAAAAUAA